AGCAACCGAAUAUUAGGACGUCUUGCAUGGUUGCCCAGAGAUGUACGUGUGUAUGAAUGCAAGAGAAUAUCAUGUAAUACGGUUAUCUGGGGAUUGCAUAUCCAUGCACACGUCAGGCAGAAGUGUAAGUAGCCGAGACACAGCAUCUUGUUGAAUUUAUCAUCGGCCAUUCGGUAUCAUCAGAAUGAGACUACCAGCGUCAUCUUAAUACACAGUGUUUUCACACUGGAAUCAUGAGGUGUGUCCCCGGCAUCCGUUGUCUGCAUGCAAGUAAAGCUACAAUCAUGGUCAAGUGGAAAAUACUACUAACUCUAUGCAUGUUUUCUGUUAGCGUCGUGUUCUUGUUAUGGAAAUUUGGUGAAAAACGAACAACUAAUUCCACUACAGUUGAGAAGUCUGUUUCCGAGUCCAGCAACCUGCAUCGGUAUUGGGAAAUUAAAAACACCUCACUCGGUGAAGGCAAGAAGAAACUAAUUUUACUCUGGACGAAGUUCUUUAAUAAUGAUGGCUGGAUGAAGGAUAAUGUUUUCGAACAAUGUCCGGUCUCAAGCUGUGGAUUUACCAGCGACAAAGGACAACUGCAGAAAAGCCACGUCGUUGUGUUUCAUUCCAGAAAUAUAAACGAUGAGUAUCUCCCGACGCAAAAAUGGCCACAUCAAAGGUGGCUGCUGUUUAACGUGGAACCACCUUAUUUAAGUAGCAUGUUGCCGCAAAAGUAUAACAGCCUGUUCAACUGGACGAUGUCUUACAGACAAGAUUCGGAUUUUGUAUAUUCUUACAACCAGGUCAGUCCUCAUGAUGGAGGUAGCAGUUUUACUAAGGUAGAGGUCGGGACAAAAACAAAACUUGCUAUUGCUAUAAUUUCUAACUGUUUUGCCAUAAACAACCGCCUCGAAUAUGUCCGGGAGCUCCAAACGCACAUGCACUUAGAUUUCUACGGAAAAUGCGCCGGACGGCCGUGCUUUGAUGCAGAAUGUAAUGAUGCAGCUAUGAAGAAAUACAAAUUUUUUCUGGCGUUUGAAAACGGUAACUGCCUGAAUUACAUCACGGAGAAAUUCUGGAACGCUUUGCUUACCUUCGAUGCUGUUCCGGUUGUCCUCGGGGGAUCUUCGCCACGUGACUAUGAACUAGUAGCGCCCCCUGGUUCGUAUAUAAACACGGCUGACUUCUCUUCUCCCAAAGAGUUAGCUACUUACCUAUUAAAGUUGGAUAAAGACGACCAGCUAUACAUGGAGUAUCACAACUGGAGGAAGAACUACAAGGUAGUAUCUCUCGGGCUUAUCUCACAGAAAAGAUGGAAGAGUAGCCUUCCACCCCACCCGGCUUGGUGCGAUUUGUGUGCAGCUCUGCAUAAUUCAUCUUUACCUUCCCAAGUCUACACGGACUUAGCAGCUUGGUAUUCGCAAGAUGUAUGCCCUUACGACCAUCCGAAUGUAUUCUGUACAUCGUGGAAUCGUUGUUGCUUUAGGAAGAACUUCAGAGACAUGUUUAGCUGCAUUUAAUAGUGGCUAGCCGCUGAUAUGUACUCUCAAAAAGUAUUCUGUUAAAUUUAGCAGAAAGCCUGUUAUCUGAGUGAUGCUAGGAUGUAUUUUGUUAUUGAAGCAGAUUGUUCCGUUAAAUAUAACCUACAUAUACUAACUAAUUCAACAUAACGGUGGUUGCGAUGUCAGAAGUCAUUUGCAGCGAUGCAUUGAUGUUAAUACAACUCAGACACAAAUGACCUACAUCUCCUUUAAAGGUGUAAGGAAUAAUUACCAACAAAAGCAAUGUAGAAUCAAAAGAAUCGCAGUUUAGGGCAUUAACGAUUAACAACAAAUGUAUGCAUCACUAACUUUCCAUGGAAUGUAAAUCUGCUGUUGAUUGGUCAGACUGGGUUGGUGACAGGUGUUCCCACGUAUGUUGUCCAAUGCAUUCAAACAUGCAAUUCCAAAUGACAUUAAAUGUUACAGGAUUAAGUAGAUGUUCCUCUGGCCAGUCCAGGGUCAAUGGUCCUGGUCAGCUGGGUUGGUCAGUCACAGCCCAUGGUUUAACAGGGCUGCUCUGCAUGCCAGUCCUGCUGUGGUUUUAUAGGCUUCUCAGGACAAUUAAGCUAGUCUGUUGAGUGUAACGCUUUUUUUGUACAGUGCUGUAUACCAUUUCCCUUUCAACAGAAGUAUCAGCUUGUGGUCAUUUGAGAAGUUUAAUUAAUCUUUUUAAGAGGACAUCUGAAAAAGGAUUUGCUUUUUUCUGUCGCAAAGUCUAUAAUAUAACUAAAUAAUGCAUAGAUAUAUGUACACGGAGCCUAUCGCCACAUUUCCUCUUUUGUACAGAAACAUGACGUCCGUGAUAUUAUGGGAUGUACUAGUAAAUAACCAAUGGCGCUGUCUCCAGAUCAUGUACUAAUCUAUUUUCUGAUGUUUUCAUGAAUUAUGUUCACAUUGUGGAUAAAUCAGAUAAACUAAUGCCAGCAUGAGACUCGCAUAACAUCAGGAAGUCCAGAUGCGAGUAAACUUAGCGGGGAAAUGCUUUAUUUCUAAAAUUGUGUUUCCGAUCUUGCCUUUCUAUGCACAUACAGUACACAUGUAGUGAUAUUUCCAGGCUUGUUUUAUCGAGACGAGGGCCUGUAGGUUGGCCAGAUAUAAAGGAGACCCUUUUCAGAUGUAGUCCACGUGACAAAAGCAUAUGGCACACGCACACGCGCAUUCAACUCUUACCAUGUUCAUCUCGUUCUCAAACACCUUUGAUCACAACAACUCGAGAGGUUCAGUGGUAUAAGCAUCGGACUACAGGGGUUGUUCAUUUUUGGAGCGAGAUAAUUAUCGACACUUUCUGUGUAAUCUGAUGUCGGCGUUUUAGCUAAAAGACACAUGGCGCGUAAGAAGUCCCGACACCAUUUACAAAUCAUUUACUUGGCGCCGAGUAAUCAAGGAAGUUGUACAGCAAAUCAGCAUUGACCUUUAGGCCUACCUGUUCACUAAAACCUUCUGACAAUCGAUUUACGUCAUAUAGCGACCAUUCCAUUAUGCUUUGGAAAUGUGAAUUUGAUCAAAUUGAAAGAGACUCUGGCCUUUAUAUUUUAAACAAUAUGUUAUUAAAUGAGACGGAUUUUUGUGAAGGGGUGAAGUGGCUUUAUCGACGAACACUAUUCCUGUGCCUUGUAUACGGACGAUAUCUGCGUUUGGUAGGAUCAUCUGAAGUAUAAGAUUAAAAAGUUUGUCCACGCUUACGACAAAGAAGAGAAAGCCAAAAAGUACAAAAACAUCAACGCAAUAUGACAAAGAUUGGAAAAAGAAUACGCAUGGGCCUCAUUUAUAUAGAUAAUUAUGAUUCUUCUGUGAUAUCUGAACUACAGGAGGGGCUAUCUAAUUAUGAGAAAGAAACUUAUAUGGGGACGGUGUUGCGAUCCAGAGAUUUGUACACUCGCGAGAGUGAUCGUAACAUCAAUCAUCUUCUUAAUUUAGAGAAAUAGGUUAAUGCGUAUGAUUUAGGAGUUUCCUAAAACUCGAUCAAGAAAAGGCCUUUGAUAGUGUUUCGCAUGAGUACCUGCACAAAGUGUUACACAAAUUUCGUUACGGUAUAAACUUUGUAAAGGGAUUGAAGUUUUAUACCAUGCUACCAGAAGUGUUGUGCAAUGUAAUGGGCGUGUUACUAAAUAUUUUCCAGCGGGUAAGUCCAUACGAUUGAAUGCAUGAAUGAAUGAUAAUGGCUUAACGCCACAUCGGCAAUAUUUCAGCCCUAUCGUGGCGAAAGUCAAUGCGACAAAGAUGCCCUAUGCAAUACUAUAUGUGUUGAGUGUAGAGCCGCUGGGGUCAGCAAUUAGAUUUUUCCCUUUAGCUCAGCUGGUAGAGAGCUGGACUUGGGCUGCUGAAACCCGAAUUCAAAUCACAGUGUGACCCACGUAGUGAAAUCUUUUCGAGGCAAAAGUUGUAUAGAUUUGGACUGAUCAAUGCAAAUAUGUGUGUGUUUUGCAAGGGGCGCGCAGAAGAUCUGCUGCACCUCUUUGUAAUGUGUGACCGUCUUCAAGUUUUUAUUAUAUGUAUACAUUUGCAAUAUAGUCCAUUCAUUUUUCAGAUUUGAACCAAUAGUUACUCUAAAUAAAAUUCAUUCUAAGCAUUCCAUGCUACUUGGGAUAGCGAAAUGCUCCAAGAAAGUAAAUUUUUACUUUGUCAACUACGUGUGGUGUUACAGAGAUUGAAGUAAAGAACGUCUUACUUUUACCGCUAUUUUUAUUUGUAUGUAAAUUGAACCUCU